CCAGCCCCCUCCCUUUCCCCAUGCCAGGUAGCAGAGCAGGCUGGGGUGCAAACACCCACUCGCUCAGCCCCGAGCUCACAGAUUCAGACGGGGUGGAGGAGGGAGAGACCCGGCCCGAUGGGAUUCCAGCAGCCGGCAUUCAUCUCGCUGGUCUUGGUGGGGAUGUGGGUGACCUCCUACCAGAGUGGGGAAGGCCAGAAACCUGCAGCAGAGUGGACCAUGAGACUCACAGGCUUUCACUGCAGAUGUUCGGGCCUGCUGGAGGUUAACACUUGGGGCAGCUGGAAGACAGUCUGUAGAAGUGGUUGGAACCAGACAGUCACAAAAAUGGUCUGUGAAUGGCUGGACUGUGGCUCCCCCUUAAGUGAGGUUCUCGAAAUAGACCCAGAGCAGAAACCCAAUGAAACGAUAAAGCUGAGCUGCCAGGGGAAUGAGUCUGCCCUCGGGAACUGCCGCUGGGAGAAAUCCAACUGCACGCAGGUUCUGACCAUGUUCUGCAAAGAACCGGAAAAAACCAUCACUGCACCAACAACAACUGCACCAGAACCCACCGGCCCCCCCAGGAUGCGGUUGGUCGAUGGGAGGUUCUACUGCUCAGGGAUUGUGGAGAUCUACAUGGGAGGCCACUGGGGAACGGUCCAGUCAAGUCCAGAAAACGAGACAGAGCUGGCCCACUGGGUUUGCCGGAAGAUAGGCUGCGGUGAUGCCUUAGAGCAGAAAAAUCGGUCUUUCUUGGUGAAAAAUGAAAGGCAGCAUCUACCUGUCCAGUGGGAGAUGGUGGCAUCAUGUGGAAGUGACUCUAUCCCAGACUGUUUCUACAGAACCAGGAACUCUCAGGACAAAACUCCAGCCUCUGUCAUCUGCUCCAGCCAGAAUUUCAAGCCAUGCUCAGCUGGGGUGGGAGCAGGAACCAUUGUGAGCAUCCUCCUGGCUCUGAUCCUCCUUGGAGUUCUCAUCAUUAUCUGUGGACCUCCUGCCUACAAGAAGCUACAGAAGAAAUACUCCAAGAAGCAGCAGCGCCAGUGGAUAGGCCCAACUGGAUUACAGCAAACCGUUUCAUUCCAUCGCAACAGCACUGUCACUCUCAGGCCCCGUCAGGAAGGUCAAGGCGCACAGGAUGAAGACAACGACUAUUCUCAGACCCCUAAGAAGAACUCCUACCUUUCAGCUUAUCCAGCUCUGGAAGGGGCGAUCAGGUCUUCCAACCCUCCAGACAACUCCUCCGACAGUGACUAUGACUUGCAUUCUGCUCGGCGACUUUAGCCUCUUUCCCCCAGACAAGACGACCUGAAAAACUGACAGAAGAAAAAAAAAUACCUGAGACGAUCCUGCACUGGAAUCAUUUCCGUGUUACUACAUGCAGCUGUAAAGGGUUUUCCCACACUGCCAGAGACAUGAGACGGGGGAAUCUAUACAGCCCCAAAUUACACAUCCCUUUCCAUGCACAGGGGCAAAGAGAAUCAGGAUGUCUGCCUUCUUUUCCCUCUAGUGACGUUUGGCAAGUCACUAAGGCCCAAAUUUUCAAAAGCACCCCUAAUUGUGCAUGUCUCUAUUUUUUGGUGUACAGCUUCAGACCCACCGGACCUAAUUUUCAGCAGUAUUGAGCAGUCACAGACCCAGCUGAAGUCAAGGGGCCUGUGUUUUUCAUGCUAGGCAUCUAAAAUUUGGGUCACCCAUGAUCAGUGGAUUUGAUUUUUACAUGUUGGUCAUUAACUCUCUAUUCUUUUCUAUUCAGGUUCUUGUAUUAUGCCCAUCGCUAUGGUAUGUGAGCACCUUCCUAUGACAAAUUCAUCUAGCAUUCAUCACUUGUGGUUUCUUCUCCAUUCCUCUCACUGGGAGGAAAUGUGUGUAUGUUUAAGUUGAUUUGUUGUUGUUUGUUAAGGGCAGGCAAGUGUAAGAAUUGUGCUUUACAUUUGGGCUGUGAAGUGGUGAUGUUUGUUUACUUAAGAUAUGUCUACAUAACAAGCUGUAGCGUAGAUACUUCCAACUUUAAUGGAAGGGUUUUUUUCCAUUGCUGCAGUUAAUCCACCUCUCCGAGAGGCAGUAGCUAGGUCGACAGAAGAAUUCUUUUAUUGACCUAGCUGCGUCUAUAGUGGGGGUUAGGUCAACCUAACUAUGGUGUUUGGGGUACGAAAUUCUUCACAGCCCUGAGCAAUGUAGCUAGGUUGUUCUAAUUUUUAAGUGUAUACCAGGCCUUAGUCCCUUAGUCCCUUAAUCCACUGAUUGCAGAGUCUCCAGGCCUGCUCUUGCACUCUAAAUCAGUUGAAUACUUCACUAUCUUCCAAGGAUAUUGUGAAGCUAACUUCAUUAUUGUCUGCAAGGUGCUCAGAUACCAGAGUAAUAAGCACCAUGGAAAAGAUUAGGAAUAAACUGUCUUCUUACGUCACUUAGGAAGCCGUGAUGAUGCAUGUUUGGCUCAGCAAAUGGCUGAAUGGUUGAAGUACCCGAGGAGUACAAUAUCCCAUGGUAAUGUGUAUGUGAGUGGGGCUGGUGUGUAUGUGUGGGGGUGUGCGUGGCUAGGUUUGUGAAGAGAAGGCAUAUGUAAGAUCGAGGCAAGCGGGAUGUGUGAUGAGAGUGGGAGGAGAUAAUGUUGAACACAAACAUGAUUGAGAUAUUUAAUAAGCAAUAACAGUUGUAAUAAAACUUUUUUUCUAGUA